CAUUACUUGCAUGGCAGUAUAAAUCAAGUCUCUUGCAAAAAUAUAUUGUAUUACAAAAUAUCACAACCAGCGAAGAUCCUUCACAUGGCCUCACAAGGAGUGCAAUUGCGCAUCGAAGACACUCAAGUAGUUAUGGACAAUGGCACAGUGCAAGUGUAUUUAUCGAAUCCAGGUGGAUUUGUUACUAGAAUACAAUAUAAUGGCACUGAUAAUCUGCUUGAAGUUCUAAGCGAAAGUGAUGAUAUAGGGUAUUGGGACGUUGUUUGGAGUGAAGCCGGAAGUACAGGAACAACUGGGACAUUUGAAAAGAUUGUGGGAACGAGUUUCAGUGUUAUAACGGAAAAUGAAGAACAAGUUGAAAUCUGUUUCACAAGUAAGUGGGAUCCAUCUCUGAAAGGAAAGCGAGCACCUCUAAAUAUUGACAAAAGGUAUGUGAUGCUUCGUAAUUCCUCGGGAUUCUAUUCCUACGCCAUCUUUGAACAUCUACAGGAGUGGCCUGCUUUCAACAUACCUCAAAUAAGGAUCGUUUACAAGCUUCGUAAAGACAAGUUUCAUUUCAUGACGGUGUCGGAUAACAGACAAAGAUUUAUGCCUCUCCCAGAAGAUAGAUCGCCCGAAAGAGGAAAAGCACUAGUUCCCCCGGAAGCAGUAUUGCUUGUGGAUCCUGUGGAGCCAGAGUUCAAGGGAGAGGUGGAUGACAAGUACCAAUACUCGAAUGAGAACAAAGAUCUUAAGGUUCAUGGGUGGAUAAGUUCCCAAUCCGAAGCAGAUCCAGCCAUGGGGUUUUGGGUAAUCAUACCCAGCAAUGAGUUCCGAUCAGGUGGCCCAGUUAAACAAAACCUUACUUCCCACGUUGGCCCAUAUUGCCUCGCAAUGUUUCUUAGUGCUCAUUACGCAGGAGAGGAUAUAGUUUUGAAACUCCAGCCUAAUGAACCGUGGAAGAAAGUUUUUGGGCCAAUUUUCGUUUAUCUCAACACUUUGUUAGAUGCUGAUGACCCACUGGAGCUCUGGGAGGACGCCAACCAUCAGAUGGAGGAGGAGGUUCAAAGUUGGCCCUAUGAUUUUCCAGCUUCAGAAGAUUUUCAAAAGACUAGCCAACGGGGCAGUGUUUGUGGCAUAUUACUAGUUCGAGACAGGUGUCUAAGUGAUGAGUACAUAAUAGCACGAGACGCAUAUGUGGGAGUGGCACCACCAGGAGAAGCUGGAUCGUGGCAAAGAGAAUGCAAGGGAUACCAGUUUUGGAGUAGAACAAACGAAGAAGGGUACUUCUCAAUCAACAAUAUACGCAGUGGAGAUUACAAUCUCUAUGCAUGGGUUCCAGGUUUCAUUGGAGACUAUUGGAACAAUGCUGUCCUCACCAUAACCCCAGGUUGUGAAAUAGAUGCUGGUGACAUUAUUUAUGAGCCUCCAAGAGAUGGUCCAACAUUAUGGGAGAUAGGGAUUCCUGAUCGCUCUGCUAAUGGAUUCUAUGUUCCUGAUCCUAAUCCCAACUUCAUAAACAAGCUUUUUGUCAACCACCCAGACAAGUUUAGGCAGUAUGGCUUGUGGGAAAGAUAUGCAGAAUUAUACCCAAAUGAGGAUUUAAUUUAUACAGUGGGUGCCAGUGACUACACAAAAGAUUGGUUCUUUGCACAAGUCACAAGGAAGCAAGAAGAUGGCAGUUACCGAGGAACUACAUGGCAAAUUAAGUUCAACCUGGAUGAUGUGGAGGCAAGUAAAAUCUACAAAUUAAGGUUGUCACUUGCAAGUGCAAAUGUAUCCGAGUUACAGGUUAGAGUGAAUGAUUCAAAACAAGAUCCUGCAUUGUUUACGACAGGAGUGAUUGGGAAGGAUAAUGCCAUAGCUAGACAUGGAAUUCAUGGACUCUACUGGCUAUUCAGCAUUGACGUGCCUGGUCUUCUGCUAGAGAAUGGUGUUAAUACUAUAUUUCUAACACAGACUAUGGCUACUGGCCCCUUGGCCCUCUUCCAAGGGAUAAUGUACGAUUAUAUUCGUCUAGAAGAUACUAAAUUAUAAACUACGUAUGUCUUUAAUGUAUGAUUGUAUCCAAAUAUCUUAAAAAGUACUAGAAAUACUAACCAGGGCUCACUGGUUAAGGAAUUAAAAUUGUUUUUUAUCAUUAAAAACUGUAAUUACGUAUAAAUUAAAUUCUACAUUUAUUUAUAUUUAUAAGA